AUGCACGCGGGGCCAGUCCUCAGGAGGGGCCCUUCAACUGGAAGCAGCCUUGCCACAAGUGUGGGUAGCAGCAUUCCACCUACCAGCAGCGUCACCUUGGUGCCUGUGUCAUCAAGACAGCCUGCAAAAGCAGGGACCACCAUCAUUUUUCCUGAAAUCAGAACUACUGCAGAAGUUUCCAGCACAGGUCCCACCACAAUAGCAAGAAGCCAUACAACUGGGAUUCUGACAGAGGCUACAACUUCUGUACCAGAGAGUGCAAAAAGCAGGAGAAUAAUCACAGGUACUACUGAGGGCAUCUCUGGCAAAACCUCAGGACCUGGAAGUGCCACCACAGAGGCCACAUCUUCCCCAGAAAGGCCUGGUACGACUGGGACUGCACUGAAAACAGCAGCCACAACAUCUCCUGGAGAAACCGGAACGACUGGAGUUGGAACCACUGCAGGAGUGACCACUGGAGUACCAGGAAGUAAGACAGAAACUUCUAGAGAACUCUCUACUACAACAACCUCUGCCACAACAACCACUAAGAAAGUAGUUGCCCCUGAUAACAUCAAUUCGGAGCCCAUAACUUUCUCAGCAACCAGUGAAACAGUAUCAGUACCAGGAGCCAAGACCAGUGCACCAGGGAGCCGAGUCUCUGACAGUCAAAUAAGUACCAAGGGAGUGGUCUCUGGAACAACUGUUGUACCUGAAAGUCCCAUUACAGGAACCACGUCUGGAGCAUCAAGCACACAAGUCACUGAAAGUAAAUCUGGCACCACUCGUGUGACAUUGAGCCAAACCACUACAUCUGGAAGUUCUACUACAGGAGCUACCACUGGCACAUCAGUGAGUCAGGAAACCGGAAGCACAAUAGGCACCACUGGGAGAGUCACUGGCACAACGUAUGCAGCUGAAAGCCCCAACACAGUUACCACUAGGAUAACUGUUGGUACAACUGUUGCCCCUGGGAGUUCCAACACACGAGCUACAACUUCCACAGAAGUCAGCGCUGCUACUGAAGUUAGCAGGGUGACUGGUUCCACCGGGACUACAGCCUCACCUGGAAGUAUCCAAACUGAGACCACAGUUUUUAAGGAAGAUGUUGGAACGACCAAAGCAGAAAUUUCAUCAGGCACCACUGUGGUAUCAAGCAGAAUCACAGGGACAUCAGGAAGUCCCCCGCCAGAUACUUCCAAGGAAACAUCAGAAACAACCACUGCUCCUGGAAUUACUACCACAGGCUGUCCAGGAACACUUCCACCAGCUCCAGUUUGUCACGGUCCACUGGGAGAAGAGAAAUCUCCUGGAGACACUUGGAGUUCCAAUUGCCAUCAGUGUACCUGUACUGACGCAAAGGCUGUGGACUGUCAACCUAAGGAAUGUCCUUCUCCACCCACAUGCAAAACUGGAGAGAAGCUCACCUUGUUUAAAUCUAAUGACACCUGCUGUGAAAUUGGACGCUGUGAACCAAGAACAUGUUUAUAUAAUAAUACUGACUAUGAGAUUGGUGCUUCCUUCAAUGACCCCAGCAACCCGUGUCUCUCCUACUCCUGCACUGACACUGGCUUGACUGCCACAGUCCAAAACUGCCCAAAGCAGACCUGGUGUGCAGAAAAAGAAAGAACCUAUGAUGAAAACAAAUGUUGCUAUAAAUGUAACACAGAUUGCAGACCUUCCCCUGUGAACGUGACGGUGAACUACAACAACUGCAAGAAAAAAGUCGAGAUGGCAAGAUGCCUCGGGGAAUGUAAAAAAACCAUCCGGUACAAUUAUGACCUCUUUCAGUUGGAAAAUUCAUGUCUUUGCUGCCGGGAAGAAAACUAUGAGUACAGAGAGAUUGCCCUGGAUUGUCCGGACGGCAGCACACUGUCUUACAGAUAUAGGCACACCACCACUUGCUCCUGUGCUGACCUGUGCCAAAAUUCCCAAACCUCAGCCACUCGCUGAUUCUCACCCCACAUUUGUAGUUGUAUUUAUUUUAUGAGUGAAGAAAAAAAGUCAUGAAAGAGUAAAAAUAAUGCUGGUAUCUUACUCAGCAUGAAUGCAUAUAAUAAGACAUUUGUUUUUCUGGUUGGCUGGCCCUGAAAAAUAAAUACAACUUUGCAAGCAA